AUGGCGACAGGCGCUGGCGAGUGUCCGAGCAAGGCCGUUCAGUACCGGGUAGAUCACCUCCUCAGUGCGGUGGAGAGUGAGCUGCAGGCCGGGAGCGAGAAGGGUGACCCCACGGAGAGGGAGCUGAAAGUGUCCUUGGAUGAGAGCGAGCUGUGGCAAACGUUUAAAAACCUCACAAAUGAAAUGAUAGUUACAAAGAAUGGCAGGCGCAUGUUUCCGGUGCUGAAAGUGAGCGUGUCUGGACUGGACCCGAACGCCAUGUAUUCCUUUUUGCUGGAUUUCGCGUCUGCAGACAACCACAGGUGGAAAUACGUCAACGGAGAGUGGGUGCCUGGUGGAAAACCCGAACCUCAAACUCCCAGCUGUGUGUACAUCCACCCAGACUCCCCAAACUUCGGCGCGCACUGGAUGAAGGCUCCCGUCUCGUUUAGUAAAGUCAAACUCACAAAUAAGCUCAACGGAGGAGGUCAGAUCAUGUUAAAUUCUUUGCACAAGUAUGAGCCACGCAUUCAUAUAGUUCGGGUUGGAGGCCCACGGAGGAUGAUCACCAGCCACUCUUUCCCAGAGACACAGUUUAUUGCAGUAACGGCGUACCAAAAUGAAGAGAUAACUGCCCUGAAAAUAAAGUACAACCCUUUUGCCAAGGCCUUUCUAGACGCAAAGGAGAGGACUGAUAAUAAAGACAUACGAGAAGAUGCCAGUGAAAACCAGCAAUCUGGUUACUCUCAGUUGGGUAGCUGGUUUAUUCCAGGGGCAGCUCCUCUCUGCCCUUCAGCCAGUCCUCACAGCCAGUUUGGGAGUCCAAUCUCCCUCUCGCCAUCCCAUGGUUGCGAGCGCUACUCAACUCUGAGGACCCACCGCUCUGCCCCUUACUCCAGCCCGUAUACCCAUCGGACCAACUCACCCACCAGUUUCUCAGACAACUCUUCAACCUGUCUGUCGAUGCUUUCAAGCCAUGAUAACUGGUCCAGUCUUCAGAUGCCAACACACUCGAGCAUGAUUCCCAUGGCCCAUAACUCCACCUCUGGUACCAGUUCUAGUCAGUACACCAGCCUGUGGUCUGUGAGCAACUCGUCACUCACUCCGGUGUCCCACAAUGGGGGGAUAAACAACUGUCUGAGCUCCCAGUUUCUUCGAGGGUCCAGCGGCCACUAUCCCACCCUGUCUCAUUCAGCAACAGUGCCCUCCUCUGGCUCUCCCAUGUACGACAACAGCACGGCCACAGAAGUGCAUGAUACGGCUCAGUAUGACCUCUCGCCACUUGGCCGACUGCCAUCCGCCUGGACCCCAGUUACGCCUCCGUCCCUGUGA